AUGUUCUACAACCAAACUCUCUUAUCUAAUGAGGGUCCAUUGGCAACCGUAUGGCUUGCUGCAAAUUUGGAUAAAAAAUUGUCAAAGAAUCAAUUGAUCCAUACAAAUAUUGUCAAAAGUGCUAAGGCUAUUAUAAAUAGCGAAAAUCCCUCCACCUUUAAUGUGGAAAUAUCAGAUAACGGUUCGUCACAAUCACAGAAUUCAAAAAGCCUUGGCCAUCUUGUGGCAUCUCAGCCAAUUGCUCUUCGAUUGUCUGGUCAAUUACUUUAUGGGGUGGUGAAAAUUUAUUCUAGAAAAGAGAAAUAUCUAUUAGAUGAUGUCAGUAACGUGCUAGCCAAAUUGAAAUCGAUUUUCAAAUCCAAUAAUGUGCGAUCAAUUAUCUUGCCAGCCAGUAAAACUAUGGCAAAUGUCAAUAGAUUGGUCUUAGCAGAUACUAUCACUGAGUCCAAUAUCGGCCCCCAAUUGCUUCAACAAAACCCACUUUCUCUUGAUUUGGAUGAUGAAAUUCAGGCCGCAACCAGAUCCGACCGUAGUAUUGCCGAAUCUUCUCAAAUAAUGGCCAGAGAGGUUGCCGAUAACACAGAUUAUCAUAUGGGUCUUGCAUUUGAUGACUCGAUUGAACAAGGUAGAAAUGCCAGUAGAAUGUUCAGUGAUACGACCAUGGGAUUUGGUGAUAUCACGGGGAUUAAUAAAUCAAGAAGAACCGGAAAUGUGACAGACGAUGACAAUGAUGAUUUUAUGACCUCAAAGAGAGGUGGUGAUUUGGCUGGUGAUGAUCUUGCCACUGCCGAUCCAGAUGAAGAUCUAGUUUUAGACUUUGGUAAUGAUGCUGAUAUCAAUGAUGAUGUCAAUGAUGGUUAUUUUGAUAACGAUAUGCCUCCUGACGCACCAGGGCAAUUCUCUGAUGUUGAAGAAUUGUACAUUGAUGAGAAUCAGCAAGAUAAUAAGGAUAACGGAGCUGUGCAGAACAAUUCCACUCUACCCUUAGAUUUUGCCGAGCAAACUGUUGAGCAAGGUAGAGAUGCUGCUGUUACUACUUUGAAUGAACUUACAUUUGGUGCUGAUACCUUACUAAAACAGGCUGAUAUUGCAGGCGACAAUCCAGUUAAUGUAGAAAAUAUCUUUGACUCUGAACCACUUGAAACUGUUGAACAACAAAAAUUUGAGGAAGUGAACACAGAGGAAGGGGACACAGAACAACAAACCAAGAAAAAACAAAGAGCUAAAACAUCAAGAUCAAAAACUAGAAGGGAAGUCCGUAAAAGGCUAGUCAUAGAUAAUGAGGCAUCCUUCAGUGAUGAAACAUUUAGACGUCUAGAGCCUACCCCAUUGAAUGCUGAAUACCAGGAAGCAAAGAAAAAAUUGGAGAAGAUGACUGGAAAGUUGUUAGCUCAAAAAAGAUUAUUUUAUUUGAAGAAAGAUUCCAAUCCUGGAAAUUUGUUCAUUAAUUUUCACAAAUUCAAGAAUUUAUGGGACUACAAGAAUUCAAAAAUUGUUGAUGAUGGUGAACGUAAUAAGAGACGGAAAGUUAGUGAACAGGAAAUUGCGGAAGACGAAGAAUACUUUGAUGUUGGAGGUUUCGAUAUACCUCCUUCACCAAUUUUGGAAUUUGAUAACGUUACUACUGAUAAGGCUAUUAUGGAUGAAGUGAUUGAAAAAAAAGAGCAUGCCGAUGGAGAACCUGCUUCUCCAAUAAGGGAAGCACCGGAUGUUGAUAUGGGGUUUGAUUUUGAUUUAGAUUACGGAGAUCAUUUCAAUCCAGACGAUAGCCAUAGUGAUAAAGAAAAUCACGAUUAUGAUGAAAUCAGUCACGAUAGAGAACCCAGUUCGGAAUCAUUUAUACAAAAGAUGUCUAGUAAUGAGUUCGCGUCUUCUAUGGCUGAAUCAAGUAGAUAUCAUCAAAGUAUUGAUGAGGAUAAUCAGUCCCAAGGAAGCAGAGGGAAAAAGAGAGAUUUUGAAGCUUUCUCUCAGAUCGAGAGCCAUUAUGACGAUGAGAAUGAAGGUAACGGAAACUCCAUUUCUAGAUCUACCCUUCAAAUUGCCUCCAUAUUGAGAGACGAUUUCCUUGAGGAUAAGAAUGCGACUAUUACUUUGGAUCAAGUAAUUGAGAAGGACUCAGCUGGUGGUAGAUUUGGUGGGAAGUCAUUGAGUAAUAAUCCUAGAAAGGAAAGAGUUAGAUGCUUCUUUGAAUUGUUGGUUUUGGCCACCGGUGAUGCUAUCAGUUUGAAGCAAAAAACCACUCCUUUCGGUGAAAUCAGCAUAAACUAUAAGGAUGCUUUGUUUGAAAGAUUCUAA